CAAAAACAUAUUGUAAACCCUGCAGCACUCCGUCCCGCCUUCUUCUUUUUUCUUUUUUUCAGCUCACGUUCUCCCGCCAACCGCCGGAGACGAACUGAGAGGGUGAAACUUGAAGACGAACCAUUCGUUCUGUUUCUGCAGAGGAAAAAGGGGGAAGAGAGAAGGAUCUGCAACCUGAAUCGUCUCGUGAGAGAUGGCUAUGGCUGGGCGAGGCGCGAAACCGCACCAUCCGGUAGACACAAGUCUCGCAAGUGAUGUUGCCAGGAUAUGGGCGUCCUACUUCCCCGAGACAGGCCUCUCGUUGGACGACCCCUGCUUCGUCCUCACUUCUCACCUCGCUGCUUUCUUUUCUUCUCCGUCAGGACAGCACUUCCUCUCUCAGGUAAAGGAUGAUGAUGGCCUCAUCCAUCUGCCAAUCGAUUAUCAAGGGUUUCAAAAAAUUUGUGAUGUGGAGGAAUUUUAUGCAACUUUGGAGGACAAACCUAAACAAGCCCUCUUAUGCAUGGGUGCGGCGGUUCACAAGGUCCUACUGAGUAAUUGGGAUCAGAACAACAAUUUAGAGGACGGAGUGAAGAUUAACAUACGUUUGCACAACUAUCCUGAAUCCCUGAUUGCCUUGAGGAACUUAAAAGCAGCUUAUAUUGAUAGGCUUGUGUCCGUGCAUGGUACUGUAGUCAAGGUUAGCACCGUCAGGCCUCUCGUGGUGCGAAUGGGUUUUGUUUGUGCAAAAUGUGAAACCAACAUUACUCGCACCUUUCCUGAUGGAAAAUUUUCUCCACCACCAGUAUGUAUUCUACAUGGGUGCAAGAGCAGAACUUUUAAUCCAAUUAGAUCUACUGCUCAACCCAUAGACUUUCAGAAAAUAAGAAUACAGGAACUACAACAGUCUGAAAAUCAUGAGGAAGGCCGGGUGCCUCGAACAGUGGAAUGUGAAUUAACUGAGGAUCUUGUUGAUGCAUGCAUUCCUGGGGAUGUGGUGACUGUUGUUGGGGUUAUAAGAGUGAUCAACAAUUACAUGGAUAUUGGUGGAGGAAAAUCAAAAAGCAAGAAUCAAGGGUUAUAUUAUUUGUAUCUAGAGGCAGUUUCAAUUAAAAAUUCUAAGUCACAAUCUAUACCUGAGGAUUCACAAGUUUCUAAUGUUGAUUCUAGAGCUACUGAGUUGUUUGAUCUGUUCUCAUUUUCUCCAAGAGAUUUGGAAUUUAUUGUGAAGUUCUCGGAGGAAUAUGGCUCAGACAUCUUCCGUCAAGUACUUCAUUCUAUUUGUCCCUCCAUUUAUGGACAUGAGCUUGUUAAAGCUGGGAUAACUUUAGCAUUGUUUGGAGGUGUGCGAAAGCAUGCGAUGGAUCAGAACAAGGUCCCUGUCCGAGGAGACAUCCAUGUCAUAGUUGUUGGUGAUCCUGGACUAGGCAAGAGUCAGCUACUUCAAGCAGCAGCUGCUGUUUCUCCACGCGGCAUUUAUGUGUGUGGUAAUGCCACAACCAAUGCUGGCCUUACAGUAGCUGUAGUCAAGGAUCCUAUGACAAGUGAUUACGCUUUUGAGGCUGGGGCAAUGGUACUUGCUGAUCGUGGAUUAUGUUGUAUUGAUGAGUUCGAUAAAAUGUCUGCUGAACAUCAGGCUUUACUUGAAGCAAUGGAGCAGCAGUGUGUGUCUGUUGCAAAGGCUGGAAUGCUAGCAAGUUUAUCAGCAAGGACUUCAGUAUUAGCAGCAGCAAAUCCUGUUGGUGGUCAUUAUAACCGUGCAAAAACUGUGAAUGAAAAUUUGAAGAUGAGUGCUGCUCUCCUGUCUCGAUUUGAUUUGGUUUUUAUAUUACUCGAUAAGCCUGAUGAAUUGCUGGAUAAGAAAGUUUCGGAGCACAUUAUGUCACUUCAUGCUGGUUAUGGAGAUCAUUCAUCAGCAGCAGCAAAAAGGCUAUGCAGAGCAUCGCAGGCUAGAGACAUAGGUAUUAGUAUGAGAAAUAGUUCUUUAGUUUCAAAGUUGAAACUUGACCCAAAGAAGUAUGGUGAUUUUGUUCCAUUGCCUAGUCCACUUCUACGCAAAUAUAUUGCUUAUGCAAGAACUUUUGUCUUCCCCAGGAUGUCAAAACCAGCAGCAGAAAUCCUACAGAAGUUUUACUUAAGACUCAGAGACCGCAAUACAUCAGCUGAUGGUACACCGAUAACAGCAAGACAACUGGAAAGUUUAGUGAGGCUGGCUGAAGCUCGAGCUAGGCUGGAGUUAAGAGAGGAAAUUACAGUCCAAGAUGCAUUGGAUGUGGUUGAAAUUAUGAAAGAAUCCCUUUAUGAUAAAUAUGUCGAUGAGCAUGGUUUUGUGGAUUUUGGUCGGAGUGGGGGAAUGAGUCAGCAGAAAGAGGCAAAACGAUUUCUAAGUGCCCUAAAUAAGCAAUCAGAGUUGCAGCAGAAAGAUUGCUUUUCAAUUUCUGAGAUAUACAGUUUGGCUGAUAGAAUAGGCUUAAGAGUUCCAGAUAUUGACACGUUUGUGGACAACUUGAAUGCUGUUGGUUAUCUACUCAAAAAGGGGCCAAAGACAUUCCAGGUGGUGUCAUCAUCCUAUUCAAAGAGCCAAUCAAGGUCAAGGGGUUAAGUUAUUGCAGCAUUAGAAGGCAGGUCAAAUUUUAUAUCAUAUUUGACCUUAUCUUUACCUCCUUUACAGUACAACUGUAUCAAAAUUGGCUUCUCUGUUUGCCAAAUUAUGUGAUAUUUAAAGCUUCAUGAUUACAGAAAUUUCAGCUGUUAAUGAAUGUAAAAUCUAGGUUAUUCACAUGCUUCCAGAAUUGAUGAAGGCAAGUUCCAUAAAUUCUGUUAUUGACGUGUUCAAAGAAAAGAUUAUGUUGUGUGCACAAUUUUAAUCUCAUUCAACUUAUAAAUUUGCAUGUACAAGUGUUUAAGUAAUUAGUUUCAUGAUAAGGAAGCAAACCCAUAUGUUAAAAUGAUUUUUGUAAUUUUAUUGGACUUGAUAAUUGACAUAGAUGCACGAUAAUGUUUACAAACAGCGGAUCUAAAUACAGUGAACUUUAUCUUUUUAGUUAUAGUGCAAAACAUACCAGUUGGUUAAACUGAGUUUGAGGCAUACUCAUCACCAUCCUCUGGUUCGAGACGCCACUCACUCCCAUAAUAAGAAUUAGGCAAUCCUAACCAAAAUUUGAAAGCCUCAGCUGCUCUCUUCCUCUCCUUUCUUCUGUCCUGCCUUGCCCUUGAGGCAUGCUUACUAGUAAACAUUCUUGAAUGCAUCUCCACAUAGAUUUUAGUGAACUUGGUCUUAUUGGGUGAUAUUCCGUUCUCUUCCAUACAUGCCACAAUCUCCAAGGCCUUCCUAAAGAAAGCUGCCCUUACACAAAUAUCCGCCAGAGUAUCUAACAGCCCUUCAUCAGGCUUCAAUGGUGGGGCAGAAGAUCUGGAAUUCUCUCCUUCCUUUUUGGCUUCACACCUCUCCUUUAUUUCAUUCCAAAGUAGAAGUGCUUCCCCUGGUUUUCUUGCCAAUGCAAUCCCGUUUGCAAGACUUCCAUAGGUAGAAACAUUGGGGUGAAGCCCACUCUCUCUCAUUUUCUGAACUAUCUUCUUAGCUUCUCCAUAAAGCCCCAGC